UCGUGUUGAGUAAAAUAACAUUUUGUCGAAGACGCAUCCGAAUGCUUUCCUGACACACCGUCAAUCAGCCAGAUUCACAAUUCCGGUUGAUGCUCGAAGACUUCGAACUAUUUUGCGAGAUUCCAUACAUUUCGAUCCGACUGUCGUGCUUGUGAUACGUUAGACGUUUUUCGAUAGACCGAAUCCAAUAACUUAUCCGAAACCAUCAUGGGCCAAGAAGAACGUGUGAAAAGUGUGAACGGGAUGAGGCCUAAGAGAAAGGUUAUUUGUAUGAGGAACUACGCGGAUAGGGAAAAGGAUAUUUUUGAUGAAUUGCAUAAUAAAAGAAAUAAUCCGAUGACUACACCAUGCACUACAAACUGCUGUCUUGGAAGUUCUAUGGUUUUACCAAAUCGUACGUCAGUGAGAACUGCAGAGGAAGUAUUGGAUGACGCAAAAGACUUUCUGGAACAGUACUUCACUUCUAUCAGAAGGCUGAACAGCACUGCCCACCAGGCGCGUUGGGAGCAGGUCCAGGCGGAAGUGAAAGCAACUGGAACCUAUCAGCUGACUGAAACCGAGCUGAUUUAUGGCGCCAAGUUGGCUUGGAGAAACGCCGCUAGGUGCAUAGGCAGAAUACAAUGGUCCAAACUACAAGUAUUCGACUGUCGAUACAUGACCACAACCAGUGGAAUGUUCGAAGCGUUAUGCAAUCAUAUCAAAUACAGCACCAACAAAGGAAAUAUAAGAUCUGCAAUCACCGUAUUCCCCCAGCGUACCGAUGGAAAGCAUGAUUUCCGUGUAUGGAACGCUCAACUAUUUGGUUAUGCUGGUUACAAACAACCUGAUGGAUCCAUUCUGGGAGAUCCCAUCAAUGUGGAAUUCACGGAGGUUUGUUUGAAGCUGGGCUGGAAAGGCGCUGGAACAAAGAGAGACAUCUUGCCCUUGGUACUUUCUGCUAAUGGUCACGAUCCUGAUUAUUUCGACAUUCCUCCAGAGCUACUUCUUGAUGUUCCUAUCGUUCACCCAACGUAUGAGUGGUUCGAAGAACUGGACAUUAGAUGGUACACUUUACCAGCUGUGUCCAACAUGAUGUUCGAUUGUGGUGGAAUCCAGUUUACAGCAGCCCCAUUCAAUGGUUGGUACAUGAGCACGGAAAUCGGCUGCAGGAAUAUAUGUGAUCCACAUCGUAUGAAUAUGCUUGAGACAGUAGCUUUGAAGAUGGGUCUGGACAUAAGAACACCAGUAUCCUUAUGGAAGGAUAAAGCAAUGAUAGAAUGCAACGUGGCUGUGUUACAUAGUUUCCAACUGAAGGGAGUUACCAUAGUGGACCACCAUACAGCUUCAGAGUCCUUCAUGAAACAUCUGGACAAUGAAAAUAGGCUGAGGAACGGAUGUCCUUCGGAUUGGGUUUGGAUCGUACCACCACUGUCAGGAUCUGCCACUCCUGUAUUUCAUCAAGAGAUGGCCUUGUAUUAUUUGAAGCCCUCUUAUGAAUACCAGGAUCCGGCUUGGAAGAGCCAUGUAUGGAAGAAAGGCAGAGGAGAAAACAGAGCAAGAAAACCUAGAAGAAAAUUCCACUUCAAACAGAUUGCUAGGGCUGUUAAAUUCACCUCCAAGCUUUUCGGGAAGGCCCUGUCUAAGCGGAUCAAAGCAACCAUCUUGUACGCAACAGAGACUGGAAAAUCAGAAGCAUACGCACAGAAGUUGGUGGACAUUUUCGGUCAUGCCUUCAAUGCCCAGAUUUACUCGAUGUCGGAGUAUGACAUUUCUAGCAUUGAACAUGAGGCUCUUCUUCUCGUGGUAACAUCCACUUUUGGAAAUGGUGAUCCUCCUGAAAAUGGAGAGGAUUUCGCCAAAAACCUAUUCGCCUUGAAAGUUGCAGAAAAUGAAGAAUCUAAGCAUGGACAAAAACUGAGUAUGGCUUCUUCGAAAUCUUUUAUCAAGGCGAAUAGUCAGAGUGAAUUUGCUGUUUUGAAAAAAUUAAACAGAUUGGAUUCUCUGAAAGGUUCUACGACUGAGACUCUCUUGGAAGACAAUUUCGGACCUCUGAGUAAUGUAAGGUUUGCUGUUUUUGCCUUGGGGUCAAGUGCCUAUCCCAACUUUUGUGCUUUUGGACAGUAUGUUGACAAUCUCUUAGGUGAACUAGGUGGCGAAAGACUCCAGAAAAUGGCCACUGGAGAUGAGAUGUGUGGUCAGGAGCAAGCAUUCAGAAAAUGGGCACCACAAAUUUUCCAGAUCGCUUGUGAAACAUUUUGCCUUGAUGAUGAUGAUACACUCAGCGAAGCCACAAAAUCCCUGCAACUUCAGUCUUUGAGUGAGAACACUGUUCGUUUUGUAAAUGGUGUUACAGAAGACCGAAAACAAGCUCUUACUAAAAUACAUAAUAAAGAAAUCCAGAGCACGAAGAUACUGGGAAGGAUAAAUCUCCAUGGCGAGAAAGCCUCGAGGGCGACUUUGUGGGUCCAGUUCGAGAACAUCCACAUGUCCUACAGCCCAGGCGACCAUAUGGGGGUGUUCGCCGUGAACCGGGCGGAUAUCGUCGACGGCGUCCUCGAGAGGCUUCAGGGGGUGGACGACGCUGACGCACCCGUCGAAUUACAGAUUCUGCAGGAGUUGCAAACGUCCAACGGUGUCCAGAAGAACUGGAAGCAACAUGAAAAACGUCCAAUAUGUUCAGUGAGAGAGAUGUUCACAAGAUAUUUGGACAUCACAACACCACCACCUCCUAACUUGCUUCAACAUUUCGCCUCCAUCGCUGUUGGUGAGGAUCGUAAAAGGCUAGAGAUCCUUGCUACUGAAUCAACUGAAUAUGAAGAUUGGAGGCAUUAUAAUUUCCCGAAUCUACUAGAGGUCCUUAAGGAAUUUCCAAGUGUUAAGCCUUUCGCUCCCCUUCUGAUCGCUCAGUUACCUGUUCUACAGCCUAGGUUCUACUCAAUUUCUUCCAGUCCUCUGAAACAUCCCAAAGAAGUUCAUCUUACUGUUGCUAUUGUCCAGUACAAUACACAAGAUGGAAAAGGACCAAGACAUUUCGGAGUAUGUUCUAAUUUCUUGAACGAAAUUGAGGUAGGAGAAGAGGUUUGUGUUUUCAUCAGGAGGGCACCCAACUUCCAUCUCCCAGAAGAUUUGACCAAACCAAUUAUUCUUGUUGGACCUGGAACUGGCAUAGCACCAUUCAAAGGAUUUUGGGAACAUAGACUCAUGUUAUCGUCCUCACAUAACUACCAACUAGGAAAGAUGCUGCUUUUCUUUGGUUGUAGAGCGAAAGAACUCGAUCUUUACAAAUCUGAAAAGGAGGACAUGGUUGCGAAAAGAAUAAUUGACAAAACCUUCUUGGCCUUGUCUCGUGAACCCGGAAAACCCAAGACAUAUGUGCAGAACGUCAUCAUGGAACAAGCAGCUGAGGUGUUCAAAAUCCUCUUCUUAGAAGAAGGACACUUUUACGUAUGUGGUGACUGUACAAUGGCCGAAGAUGUCCUCAGAACACUAAAAGGGAUUUUACAGAAAUUCGGCAACUUAGAUGAAGCAAAAGUGGACAAAUAUCUGUUAAGAUUGAGAGAUGAAAACAGAUACCAUGAGGACAUCUUCGGCAUAACUUUGAGGACAGCGGAGAUCCAUAAGAGUAGCAGAGAAUCAGCUAGACAGAGAAUGGCUUCAGAACCUUGAGAAUUCGAAGAAAAAUAUGAUCUAUAAUAAAUUUUAUAUUGUGAUAAAUUUAGGCCAAUGGUUUGGAUCAAUUAUUAUGAUAAAUAUAAUUAACACUCUGAAUUUCAACAGUUUCGUGAUUUUUAAUGUAUGCAUCUCGCAGAAGAUUUGACCAAACCAAUUAUUCUUGUUGGACCUGGAACUGGCAUAGCACCAUUUAAAGGAUUUGGGAGCACAGACUUAUGUUAUCGUCUAUGCAGAACUACCAACUAGGAAAGAUGCUCCUCUUCUUUGGUUGUAGAAAAAACUCGAUCUUUACAAAUCUGAAAAGGAGGACAUGGUUGCAAACAAAAUUAUUAACAAAACCUUCUUGGCCUUGUCUCGUGAACCCGGAAAACCCAAGGUGAAUAAUCAAACCAGUUCUAGGGCAAAUACUCAGGGAGGUGGCCGGUACAAACUUCAAUGAUAAGACAGAAAAAAAUAUUAUUUCAUAUGAUAUUUUUAGUUAGAUUUGAAAUUCACAAAUCGAUCAGUUCCUUCGAAAUACGAAGAUAAUGGUGAAUACCUAUUAGGAUUUUUUAAGGAGGUUUUAUUGCACCGUGUCCUUAUGGUCUAUUGUGCCCUCCAUCAGAGGUGCUCUCGCCAUUAGUCAUCAUAGUCUACAGCUCACUCUCUAGAUCCAGAGUUCUAAAGACCUCCACUAUCUGGGAUGGCUUCAAGGAAUUCUACGAGUCUCUCAACCGAAGCAUUUUGUCACCAGGUGAUCUGAAGUUUAUUCCUCCUCCCUGUAGAGUCAGCACUUGUCGUUUUCUGCUCGAUUCAUUCUCAUGAGGUGCUUGCUGAAGCCGCAAUGCCCUGUAAGGAAUCCACUGAAGAAGUGUAGCAUAUUUCUGGUAAAAUGCAGAUACUUCUUAGAUCCCAUUGCAUCAAAGUUUAAAUAAAACUUUUUGGAAUGAUUCAACCCAGGAAGAUUCCUCCUGAGUGGUUUACAUUCGGUUUUGUCCUUCUCGUGAAACUCUUUCUUGUUGGUACAUUUACCUAAAUCACAGAAAGGUUCUGGGGACAACGAAAGGAUUUAGUGGUUUGGAUCAAUUAUUAUGAUAAAUAUAAUUAACACUCUGAAUUUCAACAGUUUCGUGAUUUUUAAUGUAUGCAAUCUCCCAGAAGAUUCGACCAAACCAAUUAUUCUUGUUGGACCUGGAACAGGCAUAGCACCAUUUAAAGGAAUUUGGAGCACAGACUUAUGUUAUCGUCUAUGCAGAACUACCAACUAGAAAAGAUGCUGCUCUUCUUUGGUUGUAGAGCGAAAGAUCUCCUCGAUCUUUACAAAUCUGAAAAGGAGGACAUGGUUGCAAACAAAAUUAUUGACAAAACCUUCUUGGUCUGGCAUAGCAUCAUUUAAAGGAUUUUGGAGCACAGACUUAUGUUAUCGUCUAUGCAGAACUACCAACUAGAAAAGAUGCUGCUCUUCUUUGGUUGUAGAGCGAGAGAUCUAUACAAAUCUGAAAAGGAGGACAUGGUUGCGAAAAGAAUAAUUGACAAAACGAAUUGAACAAAUUGAAUAAAUUGUAUACAACUGUUCCUUGUGACUGAUAUUCCUCACCAUCGAAUUGACAAAACCUUCUUGGCCUUGUCUCGUGAACCAGGAAAACCCAAGGUGAAUAAUGAAACCAGUUCUAGGGCAAAAUGCUCAGGGAGGUGGCCGGCACAAACUUCAAUGAUAAGGCAGAAAAAAAUAUUAUUUCAUAUGAUAUUUUUAGUUAGAUUUGAAAUUCACAAAUCGAUCAGUUCCUUCGAAAUACGAAGAUAAUGGUGAAUACCUAUUAGGAUUUUUUAAGGAGGUUUUAUUGCACCGUGUCCUUAUGGUCCAUUGUGCCCUCCAUCAGAGGUCCUCUCGCCAUUAGUCAUCAUAGUCUACAGCUCACUCUCUAGAUCCAGAGUUCUAAUGACCUCCACUAUCUGGGAUAGCUUCAAGGAGUUCUACGAGUCUCUCAACCGAAGCAUUUUGUCACCAGGUGAUCUGAAGUUUAUUCCUCCUCCCUGUAGAUCCAGCACUUGUCGUUUUCUGCUUGACUCAUUCUCAUGAGGUGCUUGCUGAAGCCGCAAUGCCCUGUAAGGAAUCCACUGAAGCAGUGUAGCAUAUUUUUGGUAAAAUCCAGAUACUUCUUAGAUCCCAUUGCAUCAAAGUUUAAAUAAAACUUUUUGGAAUUAUUCAACCCAGGAAGAUUCCUCCUGAGUGGUUUACAUUCGGUUUUGUCCUUCUCGUGAAACUCUUUCUUGUUGGUACAUUUACCUAUAUCACAGAAAGGUUCUGGGGACAACGAAAGGAUUUAGUGGUUUGGAUCAAUUAUUAUGAUAAAUAUAAUUAACACUCUGAAUUUCAACAGUUUCGUGAUUUUUAAUGUAUGCAAUCUCCCAGAAGAUUCGACCAAACCAAUUAUUCUUGUUGGACCUGGAACAGGCAUAGCACCAUUUAAAGGAAUUUGGAGCACAGACUUAUGUUAUCGUCUAUGCAGAACUACCAACUAGGAAAGAUGCUGCUCUUCUUUGGUUGUAGAGCGAGAGAACUCGAUCUAUACAAAUCUGAAAAGGAGGACAUGGUUGCGAAAAGAAUAAUUGACAAAACCUUCUUGGCCUUGUCUCGUGAACCCGGAAAACCCAAGGUGAAUAAUGAAACCAGUUCUAGGGCAAAAUGCUCAGGGAGGUGGCCGGUACAAACUUCAAUGAUAAGGCAGAAAAAAAUACUAUUUCAUAUGAUAUUUUUAGUUAGAUUUUAAAUUCACAAAUCGAUCAGUUCCUUCGAAAUACGAAGAUAAUGGUGAAUACCUAUUAGGAUUUUUUAAGGAGGUUUUAUUGCACCGUGUCCUUAUGGUCCAUUGUGCCCUCCAUCAGAGGUGCUCUCGCUAUUAGUCAUCAUAGUCUACAGCUCACUCUCUAGAUCCAGAGUUCUAAAGACCUUCAAUAUCUGGGAUGGCUUCAAGGAGUUCUACGAGUCUCUCAACCGAAGCAUUUUGUCACCAGGUGAUCCGGAGUUUAUUCCUCCUCCCUGUAGAGUCAGCACUUGUCGUUUUCUGCUCGACUCAUUCUCAUGAGGUGCUUGCUGAAGCCGCAAUGCCCUGUAAGGAAUCCACUGAAGAAGUGUAGCAUAUUUUUGUUGAAAUCCAGAUACUUCUUAGAUCCCAUUGCAUCAAAGUUUAAAUGAAACUUUUUGGAAUGAUUCAACCCAGGAAGAUUCCUCCUGACUGGUUCACAUUCGGUUUUGUCCUUCUCGUGAAACUCUUUCUUGUUGGUACAUUUACCUUUAUCACAGAAAGGUUCUGGGGACAACGAAAGAAUUUAGUGGUUUGGAUCAAUUAUUAUGAUAAAUAUAAUUAACACUCUGAAUUUCAACAGUUUCGUGAUUUUUGAUGUAUGCCGCUCUAAUCUAGUGAAUAUUUUUUCUGAUUCAUCCUUUUUUUUACAUAAAUUUUGAAUAUGUAUUGAAUUUUCAAUUAUGUAUUAUGUUUGAGGAGCGGUAUCAUCGUAUCUUUUCUGACUAAUUACUAUUAAGAUUUUUUUAGAUUUGCAUAUAUUCUCUACUCUUGUUGUAAUCAUCAAUUAUUUUAUCUUCAAUCUAAGAAUCUGACGAUUAAUCCGCAAAAAUGAGACUUAUUCUGAUGAAACAAGUAUAAGACCUAAAUAUAGUAUUAAGUCUAAUCAGUUUAGGAGGUACACUUCCUGUAUAUAAAUGCACAAAGUUUAAUUCUAUGUUGAAAUCAAAUAAAAAAAUUAACUAUUAUUCUACUUGUUACAUAAAUCAUGUCAUCGAAUUUAUCUAACUCAUAAGGGAAAUAUUGAAUAAAUUAUGUCAAUCAAA